ACUGUUCUAUUCAAGUGUCUUUUGAAGAUUGGCUGAAACAGAAGAAAAUAUGGCUUCUAAUGCCCUCUCUAUUUGAACCCCAUCAACUAGAAAUAAGACGGAACACACACCACUUGUACACACACACACACACACACACCGGCACACAAAUACACAUGUGCGUACAGUGAUAUAGUGACAAGCAAACACACAAACACAUAGAAAUAGACUGAUAGCGAAGAAGUAGAAUUGGUGCAGCAGCAGGCACCCACUGACUGUUUCCCGAGUCCAUCGACAUAAAGCCAGUGUCACACGACAGCAGCAGUUAUAGUGGAUAGAAGAAGAGAGUGGUUGGAUAAACAGCUCCAAUCACAGCAAACAAUAACACAAGUGAACAAUGAAGGUCGAGUAGCCCAUCCCACUCAAAAGGUCUCUGAAUAAGGUUUGUUUAAGGAUGGUGAAUGAAACACCCAUGUUUACAGAGGUGAAUUAUUCAAACCCCAAAGAAUUCCUCUCAAUACAUGGCUAUAAUGCUCCCCAACUACUUCUGCUCAUGAUCAGAGAUGCACAUAUUGUCAGCCACCAAGGGACAUUCACAACAGGUUAAGGUCAAACAACUGACAAGAAAUUCUGUGGUGUUGAGCAGAAUAUUUGCUGUAGUCCCAUCUUUUUAUACCAAGACAAAGCAGUGUACAUGAUAACACUUCCAAUCAGUUAAGACCAGAAGCCAUGAGAGCCACUGCCUGAAUAACUGGAAGUAUUUACUCAACUUGCCAUCUCCUUAGAGAUAAUGACUUGCCAGCAAUAUACACACUUUGUCUUCAUUUUACUUCCGGUGCUCUGCCUCUCUGUUGAUAUCAUCUAUCAUGUAAAAGAGGAAAAGAGCUCAAAUACAUUUGUAGGGGACAUUGCUAAAGAUGCCCGCUUACAUGACAGUGGCCACCAAGAUAACCAUAGAGUGAUAACAUUUACUCAAAUAGUAGGUCGGCUGACCACUUCGCAAUUGUUUAAUGUCACUCAAGGCGGGAAAUUAUUCACAACUCAGCGAUUGGAUGCUGAAUCCCUUUGCACCUACAACUCUGACUGUUUUAGGAUUAUUAAAGUUGUUGUGCAUCGCAUGAAAACCUUUAUGAAAAUUUUGAAAAUUAAAGUAAUAAUAGAAGAUAUUAAUGACCACAAACCUCAGUUUCCCAGUGAAAUGAUUGAUCUCAUGUUUUCGGAAACUGAUGGGAAAGGAACUACAAAAUCAAUUCCAAAUGCCAUCGACAAAGAUGUUGGUGUUCAAAAUUCCCAAAUCAUGUACCGACUGGAGAAAACUAUAGACUUACCAUUUUCAUUAUCAGUUUCAAAAAGAUUAGAUGGGACUGCUAAGCUAGACCUUGUUUUAGUAGGUAAAUUAGAUAGAGAAAGCAAAGAUCUUUACAAUGUAGAAAUCAUAGCCACAGACGAAGGAUUCCAUCCCAUGCACAGUAAACUCAAAGUUCAGAUUACUAUAAUGGAUGCCAAUGAUAAUCUGCCAUCCUUCACACAAAGUAUUUAUAACAUUUCAAUCAGAAAAAUUCAUCAAAAUAACAAACCUAUAGUUACUUUAUCUGCCACAGAUCAGGAUUCUGGUAAAAAUGGUCAGAUUACUUACCACUUUAGUCCAAAAACUUAUGACAUUGCUAAAAAUCACUUCCAGCUGAAUUCGACUACAGGGGAGGUGACUUUACACGAGAAAUUCCAUUUUGAUGACAAAUUAUCUUACAAGAUUUUUGUCGAAGCAACAGAUAAGGGGAGCCCAGCAUUAAGUUCCCUUGCAAUUUUGCAACUAAACAUUAUCAAUCAAGAAAACAAUCCUCCUUUAAUUGAUGUUGAUUUCAUUUUACGAUCUUCAGAGAAUGAAACAACAGUUGCGGAAGAUGUCGACGCCGGCAGUUUUAUUGCAUAUGUUAUCGUCACUGAUGAUGAUUUUGAUAAUAACGGCAAAGUAACCUGCAAACUUCAACAUGAAAAAUUCAAACUCGUAAAAUUACAAGAAAAUGAAUACAAAAUUAUUGUUCAGAAACGUGUAGAUAGAGAAGUAAAAGAAAAACAUGCAGUUACCAUUACAUGUGAAGAUAAAGGCAUUCCACCUUUAAGGACACAUAAGAAUAUGUUGAUUGCAGUGUUGGACGUUAAUGAUGUAAAACCACAGUUCACAAAAAAAAUAUUUAAUUUUCUAACAUAUGAGAAUGAAAAACCUAAUUUUCCAAUUGGAUUUAUCAAUGCUUCUGACCCUGAUCUGGGAGAUGGAGGGCGGUUGACAUACUCAUUGAUCCCAGGAAAAACCAAAUAUAAUUUACCAUUUCACAUAACUGACUAUGGAUUUAUUUCAACUUCCAAAACAUUGGACAGAGAACAACAAAACACUUAUGAAUUCCUUGUUUUUGUUAAAGACAAUGGAAUACCAUCACUAAACAACACAGCCAAUGUGAUUGUCAAAGUUUUAGAUGAAAAUGACAAUGCACCUUAUUUUACUUUUCCCAGUGUCAAUCCAUUCAGACUUGAUGUCCACUAUCAUCCACAAAGUAAGAAUGACAUCACAAUUUUGAGAGCAUCAGACAGAGACAGUAAAAAAAAUGCAUUCCUCAAAUAUGAAAUACUGAGUGGAAAUAAUAAGCAGUUGUUUACAGUUAAUCCUUACACUGGUGUGUUAACUUUCUCUCGCACAGUUUACCAAAAUGAUGCUGGAUCCUAUCAACUGGAGUUUGCUGUGAAAGACAGCGGUACUCCAGUUCGGUCAGCAACAACUAGUGUGUCUUUGACACUGACUGUUAGUAACAAGACAUCACUAAUGUCAACUGCUGUACAAUCACAAUCAGAUAACACAAUAGAUGUCACGUUUUUAGUUAUAAUUGUUGCUGUGACAGUUAUAGUAUCUGUUGCAAUUGUAAUUGCUAUAACAUUGUGUAUCGUGAGAUGUAACAAUGUGAGAAAUAGCUCUGUGAGAAGAACUGAAGAUAAGCAAACAUACCAAUCAAGAAAUGAAAUUGGACAGCUGAUCUAUCAGACAAACAGUCCAGUUGUUUUGAAAGGAAACCAGGAAGAAAUUAUACAUAGAAAUACUUCAUCAAUGAGAUCCCAGAAUCAGUUUUGUCCAGAAGAAGGAUUAGAGAAAGAGUGGCAAACAACAGCCAUGAUAAGAGCUCUGCCACCAAACACACAGUAUAGUCAGCCAGUAAGAGUGACAUCCUAUGGUGAACAUGAAGAACAAAACGUUGUUCUUGCACCCAGUUUUCUCAACGAUACCUUACUGACAGAUAUGGACAGCAGAUGUGACUGGACAGAACGUAACUUGGGCCUCUAUGAGGAAAUACCAAGAUAAUUUCAGAACAAGAGAUGUGAUUUAUUUUCUAAUUAACACCUUCCCUUCAUCACCAUGAAACUGUAAGCAACUGCAUUGAGGAAACCUUUCCAAUGAGGAAACUUUAUGUAUAUAAUGCAGUGCUGGAGAGUAUAGAAACCAGAUGUAAGAUGAGCAGAUGAUGUCAUGAAAACCCAUUCUCUACAGAAAUAAAGCAUCACUUUAACAACAGCUACCCAAUCAGAAACAUCGAUUUUGUUUAUGCAUAUAUGUAUAUAUAUUUAUAUAUACAUGUGUGUAUAUAUAUAUAUAUUUAUAUGUACAUAUAUGAAUAUGUGUGUGUGAGGUGGAUGAAUAUAAAUGUUUUUGUUUAUAUAUAAAAACAGAAAACAUUGACUGAAUAAAAGAGCUUGUAUGUGAAAUAAUGUGAAGCCUUUAUAUUUUAUUCCAAAAUUAACAGAAACUUCAAAGUUUUGCCAAAUAAGGUUUUUCAAGCUACAAUUUUUAAAAAUAGUUGUUUAAAUAUAAAUAUUAUUAUAUAUAUCAUCAUCAUCAUCAUCAUCGUUUAACGUCCGCUUUCCAUGCUAGCAUGGGUUGGACGAUUUGACUGAGGACUGGUGAAACCGG